AUGGUCACUGUUCGAUCAGCCACCUCUUCGAUAUCCGACGGGAUUCCUUCUUGUUCGAUCUUCAGAGGGGCUAAAGGAAUUCUUGAUGUAAGUGUUCAACAAGUCGAUGAAGGCUAUCAGAAAAGUGUUUCAAGUCAGGAUAACGCCGCUUCCAUGUUCAGCACUUUAUUGGAAGACUUAAAGAAAGUGAUCGAUUCAACGCAUCAUUGUUUGUGGAUCAUUCAUUUAAAUCAAACAAUUGAUCCGCUUCUGAAUGAUGAUUGGUUUUACUCAUUGACGGUUAUCAAACUCAUU